UGACUUUUGAGGCCAGGAUAGAGGCAAGAUAACACCCCCAUAACCCUCAUUCGGACUCCAAAGGAUCUUUGGAGGGAAGAGAGCCACACAACCUAAAAGAGCAAGGAGAAAGCAAACUGCCCACAGGUUUUUCCUCCAGUGCAAGGGUUGCUUGUUUGACCAUAACUUGAGCUUCACUCGUCCAAAUAAGGCGUAUAAUAUACCAAAAGAAAGCUCUCAAGACGAGGAAUCCGUGAAGGUCUGGUUUGCAUCAAUAGGAGUAGUGGAAGACUUCCAAAUCGUCCGAGCAGAACACGACCUCGCAGAAACGGAUUUACUCUUCUAAGAAACGAAUUCGCCGGAAAAACACCCGUUCUAGGGGCUGUUUUCGUAUCGACAUUUAGGGGUUGAGCUAGCACUUUGAGGAGGCUGUUUAACACUCAUAUUUAAGCAAGGAAUCAGUUCAUAAUCUACCUUGACCGGAGCUUUGACCAUUGGAUCAAGAAGGAAAAGUUUAAAGCUCAAUUAAGAUCAGGAUACUGAGGUGCUUGACCCAACUAGUUACCUGCAGAAUAUUAAUGCUGUUAUUAGUGAUACAGACAAUGACUUCUUGACGAGUCCAAUCACUAAAAAAGAGCUUAAGGAUGCUGUUUUUUACCUGGAUAAAACCAGUGCUCCUGGAAGUGAUGGCUAUGACGGGGUGUUCUACCAGAGUGCCUAUGAUAUCAUUGAGGCAGAUUUGUUUAACGCAGUCAGGGAGUUUUUCUGUGGUGUUUCUAUUCCUAAAAUUAUUGGUCACACCCUAAUUGCUCUUAUCCACAAAGAGAAAAAUGCGUACCAAUUUUCAAAAUUCAGACCUAUUAGCCUAAGUAACUUUCUCAACAAAAUUUUCACCAAAAUCAUAACUGUUCGUAUUACCACUCUUCUUCCUAAAAUCAUCUCUGAUGAACAAACUGCCUUUCAAAAAGGUAAAGAGAUAUCAGAUAGCAUCUUACUCCUUAGAGAAUUGGUAAACCAUAUCCACACAAAAAACAGGGGACACAAUAUCAUUUUUAAAUUUGAUAUGGUGAAAGCUUUUGACAGAAUUUCUUGGUCCUUUAUAAAGCAUGUUCUUAUAAAAUUUGGUUUUCAUAACAAUUUUGUUAACCUUAUUCUUAACAACCUCCAUGCGACUUGGUGCUCUAUUCUUAUUAACGGUGUGCCGAAAGGCUUUUUUAAACCCUCCCGGGGGGUGAAGCAGGGGACCCCUUAUCCCCUAUAUUGUUCAUUAUGGUGGCUGAGGUUCUUACUUGGAAUUUGAAUAACCUAUACUUAUCUGGUAAGGGUAUUGCUUAUAGCACCUUUAAAGGUAUGCCAUGCAUUAGCCACCUAUCUUUUGCUGAUGAUUUGGUUGUCUUUUCUAAUGCUAGCAAAAAACGCUAUAAAUCUUCAAAUGACUAUCACUGACUAUGAACUUUUUUCAGGUCAACUUAUCAGUAAGGAUAAAAGUUUCUAUUUGAUCUCCAAAUAUGCUAAAUUUUACAGCUGCAACUUGGUCAACCACAUUUUUCACAUCAAUAAGGGGUCUUUUCCCUUUACUUAUUUGGGUGCAAAUAUUCAUGUUGGUCGUACCCUUAAUGUUCAUUUUGAUCACAUUUUGGCCAAAUUUGAUAACAAACUUGCAGGUUGGAAACACAAGCUACUCUCGACUGGGGGUAGAAUGAUUCUUAUUAACCAUGUUUUAAAUUCCUUACCGCUUUACCAUAUGGCUGUUUGCCCCAUACCUAAAUCAAUUUUUCACAAAAUGGAAAGGAGGCUCACUGAUUUUUUGUGGGAUAGGAAUAAUGACCAUAAAAAGCAUGUUUGGAGACGCUGGUCAAAAUGUUGCUUCCCGAUUCUGGAAAAUGGUUUAGGUUUUAGAAGCCUACCACAUAUUCAAAAAACCUUCUUCCUAAAACUCCUUUGGAAGCUAGCAAAUGGCAAGGGUCUUUGGGCUACAUGGGUAAAUUUUCUUAAUGGUACUGCCAGGUCUGUUAUGCAUAACUCUCUUGAAUCUGUGAGGUCUGUUUUUGAUAUUAACUGCUGCAUUCAAGUGAAUAAUGGUUGUAGUUCUUUUUGGUUUGAUAGUUGGUGCGACUUAGGCCCCCUAUACCAGUUCCAAAACCACCUCCUAGAUGAUUUAAAGCAUCUAACUGUUUUUGAAGCUAUGCAUAAUAAUAGCCUUAUUCCUGCGAUCCAAAACUGUCUCCCGAACUACAUCAUAACCAAAAUUACAGACCUUAAUAUCAGUUUCAAUGAUACUAAAGAUGCCCAUAUUUGGAAACCUAAUUCAAAUGGCAUUUUCAGUUUUAAUAGUGCCUAUGAUGUUAUGCGGCCUAAAAUGACUUUGAACUUGAGUGCCAAGUAUGUGUGGAACAGCUGUACCCCCCCAAAAAAUUCUUUUUUCUUAUGGAGACUCAAUAACCAUUUGCUGCCUUUUGAGGAUAAACUCACAACUUUUGGUAUCCACCGUCCGUUCAAAUGCCCUUUUUGUAAUAGCCCGGACACCAUUGAUCACUGUUUCCUUCACUGUAAUUUUGCUAUGACUAUCUGGCAUCAUUUUGAAAUUUGUUUUGGCUUUCACCCAAACAAAACAGGCACCUUCAGUAAUUACAUUACUAAAUGGUAUUUGGAUUUCAAAAGCACUAUAAAUGAUUUUAACCACACCCUCCCUAAAAUCAUCACUUGGCACCUUUGGAAAGCUAGAAACAAACUUCUGUAUGAUAACAACAAGGCCAACACUCCUAAGGCUAUAAAAGCUAUUAGAACUGAUAUUUAUGCCAUGUCGGUGGCAAAACCUUUCACUACGAAUAACCCUAGUGUUCUUUUCAACAUUCACUACAUCCCUACCAAACAUACUGUCAAAAGACAUGCUCUCAAAAUCUGGACUAAACCCCCAGAUAGCUACUUCAAAGUUAACCUAGCCUCCCGAAAUAUUACCCCCCAAUUGAUCCGCUCGACUGCCAUUGUUCGUAACAGUAUUGGUAGUUACAUGGGUCAUGCCACUCACGUGGUCCACCACGUGAAUACUACUGAUGCUACUUAUGAUGCUUUAGACUAUAUUAUUCCCCUCCUAAGAAAAUUUAACACUCUUAAUUUCAUUUUUGAGGUGGAAGAUAGUAAUGUCUACGAAGGACUUCAGGGGAUCUCUAUACAACAUUGGACAUAUUGGUCGCAGUUUCGAAACAUACGCAGAAAACUUGGAAGCUAUAACUGGACCAUUACUCACGUCAAUCCAACCAUUAACAAGGCUGCUGAUUUUCUAGCAUACUGUUGCAUGUCUAUUAAAACCAAUACUCAUCAUUUUAAUCAUUUCGUGGGCAUUUUAAAGUUUGAUGCUACUAACUUUCCUUAUAUUACAUAGUUUUUAUUUGUAUCUCUGGGUAGGCUUUGGUUUGGUCCUCCUACUAUCUGUAUUUCACAUUUCCAUAAUAAAUUGGUGGGAUGUUCCCUGACCCCCAC